AUGACAACAUUGAGAUUUGUACCAUAUUCAAGCGCAUUUGAUACAGGAUUUUGGCAUGAAUUAACACGUCGAAAACUUGAUAUCUAUCGACUUGAUUCAUCCGAUCAAUCGAUUUUCGGCUAUUAUUCAAAUGAUGCAAAUGAUAAUAUGCCAGCAUUAUUUAAUGUUGAUCAUCAGUGUUUUGAUGAGAACAAUCGAAUUUCAAAUCAACAACAACAAUAUUUUGUUAAUGGUACUUUAAAACUUGUUAAUACAAUUGAAGAAUUUAAAGCAUUUGAUAUUGAUAAUGCAAUGAAAUCUGAAAGUAGUAUUCUUUGGAAUGAUUUUAUACAAGGCAAUGCACUUGAAAACCCACAAAAACUUAAUCGAUUUUAUUUAUUAAUUUUUGCGGAUUUAAAAAAAUAUAUUUAUCAUUACUGGUUUGCAUUUCCAACAUUUUUAAUGCCAACAUCAUUUAAUUUAUUACAGCCUGUACAAUCAAUAAGCGAACGAUUUUCAAUAGAUGAAAUUACCGCAAUUACUAAGGCACUUGAAUCAAAUCAAUCUCAUGCUUGUUGUCUUCAUAAUCAAAAAUCAGUUAUUAGUUUAAAAAAGGCUAUACAACAAUUAAACGAUCAACCACAAUCAGCAGCAGACUAUAUUUUUAUUGUUAAUGAUCCAAGUACUGAUCCGGCGCAUCCAGGAUGGCCUGUACGGAAUUUACUGACAUUACUUUAUUAUCACCUACAUUCAGUAGAUCAACUUAAUGUUAUAUGUUGGAGAGAAAGAUUUCGUGAUGGUCAACGACAUGUUAAUCAUUCUUUAUAUCUUCAAUUAAAACCAGAAUCAAUCAGUACUAAUGGUGAUUCAAUUCCACCAUCAACUGGUUGGGAAAAAAAUGAACGACAACGUCUUGGUUCUCGUCAAGUUAAUUUAAGUACAUCAAUGAAUCCAAUACAUCUAGCUGAAACAGCUGUUGGACUUAACCUUAAAUUAAUGAAAUGGCGUUUAGCACCUGAAAUUGAUUUAGAAUCGUUAGAAAAGACACGUUGUCUUCUCCUUGGUGCUGGUACACUUGGUUGUAAUGUUGCUCGAUGUCUUAUGGGUUGGGGUGUUAAACAUAUAACAUUUGUUGAUAAUAGUCGUAUAUCAUAUUCAAAUCCUGUUCGACAAACAUUAUUUACAUUUCAAGAUUCAUGUGAAAAUAAACCUAAAGCUCAAGCAGCUGCUGAUGCUUUACAAAAAAUCUAUCCAGGCAUUAAAUCUAUGGGAUACGAUUUGACAAUACCAAUGCCUGGUCAUUCAGUUACUGAUUCAACCAAGGAAAAAGUCAAAGAAGAUGUAAAUGUAUUACAUGAUUUAAUUCGUCAACAUGAUGUUAUCUUUUUAUUAACUGAUUCAAGAGAAUCACGGUGGUUACCAACAGUUAUUGCCUCUGUUGAACAAAAAAUUGUUCUAUGUUGUGCAGUUGGUUUUGAUUCAUAUGUUAUUAUUCGUCAUGGUGUUCCAAAUGAUGAAUUAAAUUCAUCAUCAUCGACCACAUAUAAAAAUCUUUUACCAGGCAAUAAACUUGGUUGUUAUUUUUGUAAUGAUGUUGUUGCACCCGGUGAUAGUUCUAUUGAUCGUACACUUGAUCAACAAUGCACAGUAACUAGACCAGGCAUUUCAAUGAUGGCUAGCGCAUUAUCUGUAGAGUUACUUGUAUCAAUUAUACAACAUCCGCUUCGGGGUCAAUGUUCAGCAAUGAUUCGUGCUGAUCUUGAAGAAACAUCAGCUCCUGAGGCAAUUUCAUGUCUUGGUAUUGUUCCACAUACUAUACGUGGUUUUCUUGGUCGUUAUUCAACAGUAUUACCAACUGGUGAAGCAUUUUCACAAUGUGUUGCUUGUUCACCUAUAGUUCGAAGAGCAUUUAAAGAAGAUGGCUUUUCAUUUUUAUUAAAAGUAUUUAAUGAAUUAAAUUAUUUAGAAGAUUUAACUGGUCUCCUUGCAAUGCAAUUAGCAACUGAUCUGAAUGAAAUAAUUGAAUUGAGUGAUGAUGAAGAAAUAUAA